AUGCAGGCAGAGACGCUGGACCGCGCGACGCUCGAGGCGGCGGCCAAGUUCGAGGUGUUUGACGGCGGCGGGAACAAGGUCACGUUCGGCUCGCUGUUCGCGGAGCAGAAGACGGUCGUGGUGUUCAUCCGCCAUUUCUUCUGCGGGUCCUGCAAGAUGUACGUUGAAGACCUGGCGCAGGUCCCUGCGGCGGCGCUCGCUGCUGCGGGCACCCGGAUUGUGCUGAUCGGAUGCGGCGACUGGGCGGCCAUCCAGGCAUACCACGAAAUGACAGGUUAUGCUGGCGCGAUCUACGCGGACCCGACGCGCGCGCUGUACACGCAUCUCGGGCUCGUCGACAACCUCAAGAACACGCUCAACAGCAUCAAGACGGGCUACCUCGCGUACCCGGCGCUGACGUUCAAGGCGGGGAAGGUGUCCCAGAACGGCGGCGACUUCGUCCUCGGCCCGGGCGUCCGCUGUGCGUUUGUGCACCGGAUGCAGAACACGGAGGACCAUGUGGAAGUCGUGGAUCUAAUGAAGGCGGCCGGCGUUGAUUAUGCGCCUUGA